GAAAGACAAAACAGUAAAUCGCAACGAUCAUCAGACGUUGAACCCUUCCCCUCUUCACCGCCGUUGAAACUCCCCCGUCGUUCACCACCAAAAUCGAAGGUUUGUCGGAUUCCCAAUUGUGGAAAUCUCGUAACCUAUUGUUCUAAUGGGUGUAUGGCGUAUCAUCAAUCGUUCGUUUCUCAAAUACGCAUCAAACCAAUUAACAAGGAGGAGCUACACUCAAGUUUGUCUUGCUUCUAACACCUCGCUUACUCAUGCUGUGAAGCAGUUGUCUAUUUUUGACAUCCCAAAUUCAGAUAUCUGUACAAGACCUUCUAAUAUCUUCCAAAAUCUCAGAUUCCUUGCUACUUCAGCUCAGUCACGGAAGAAGGAAGAGGAAGCUGACUCCGAUGGUCCACGUCUCAAUGAGAAGAUCACUGGCGAGUAUGUUCGAUUGGUUUCCGAGGAAGGACACUCUGUUGUGUCUCUGAGAGAAGCUCUCAGACGGGCCAAGGAGCUCGAGUGUGACUUAGUUGAGGUCCAAAGAGAUGCUAAGCCACCUGUGUGUAAAAUUGUAAAAUACACAUUGGAGAAGUACAAAAAAGCUAAAGAAGGAAAAGAACGUGCUAAGGCCAAGAGGGCUGAAGCUAUUCGACCUGAAGUCAAGGAAAUUCGAUUUACUCCAAAAAUUGAGGCGAAGGACCUAAAGUUUAAAUCUGAUCAAGCGUUGAAGCUGAUGGAAAGUGGAUAUCGUGUGAAGUGCAAUGCAGUGCCGGACAAGGACAAGCAUAAGGAGCUUGAACCAGAAAAACUCCUUGAGUUACUAUUUCGCUUCACUUGUUAUAUUGGGGAUGCACUUGUGGAAUUUGGACCAGAGGCGGAUAGAAAAAGCGCAGUUGUGAUAGUCAGACACGCCAAGUUUGGCCCACCCAAGAAAGGAGGGGUGAAAAAGAUGAAGGAUUUGGACAUGAAAUCUGCAAGAGUGAAAGAGUCACCAAAGACUGAUAGCCCGGAGGCCGGAGAGUCCAGUGUUGAUGAUCAGGGAGAUAUAGAGAAUUCUGAACCUAGGAUCAGUGUUGAGAAGCCCCAACCUGUUCAUGUCCAGAAGACGUACGCAAAAAGAGAACCAAGUAGUGAGUUUUCAGGAGAUGGAGAUACAAGCCGGUUUGAACCUCGGGCUCCAAACCAGCAUGUAAACCCACAACGUCCUCAGUUCCAGAACCAAGCUCCAAACCAACUACCUACUGGGCGUUUUAAUCCUCAGUCUCCAAACCAGCCUCCAAAUGCACCAAGGCAUCAAUUCCCAAACCAGGCUCCAAACCAACAACCUACAGGGCGGUUUGAUCCUCAGUUUCAAAACCAGCCUCCAAGUCCACAACGGCCUCGGUUCCCAGACCAAGCUCCAAAUCAGCAACCCUCUGGGCCAUCUCCAAACCGCCACCCAGACCGGCAAGGUCCUCCACCACGAUUUCAAAACCAAGCUCCAAAUCAACAACCUGCCGGCCGGUUUGAACCUCAGCCACCAAACCCUCCCCGAGCUCCACCACGCCCACAAACCCGGUUGCCAAAUGAAACUCCAAACCAACAACCUACGGCCCCUGGAAGAUCUAAUGGCCAGACUUCAGGUUAUGGGAUUUUCAGCACCCCAAAAACGAAGUAGAACAGCAUGCUAUACACAUUGAACCCGUAGAGUUGCAAUAUUUUUGAUAUUUUUCUUGGGAGAUUUGUUGAUGGCUCAUUAUUUUUACGUGUAACUAAUAAUAGUCCAUGCAUACACGUACACUUGUAACCCUCAUCAAAAAAAAUUCUGGUCACUACCACUCAAUAAUCCAUGAACGAAAAUAUUAGAAGUAA